AUGGAGGUGCCGGAGCUCACCUGCCCUGCCUCGCCUGCCAGGGACCAGCCAGCUCCCGCUCCCGGACCCGCAGGGGCCCCAGGCGGGCAGGCUUCGCCCCACCUGGCCCUGGGCCCCGUCCUCCUGCCCCCCGAGCAGGGGCUGGCCCCCACCGUGUUCCUGAAGGCGCUGCCCAUCCCGCUGUACCACACCGUGCCUCCGGGGGGCCUCCAGCCGCGGGCGCCCCUGGUGACGGGCGGCCUGGAGGGUGGCGGUGUGCCCAUCCUCCUCAGCCCCCUGCUGCAGCCGGAGGGGCCCGGCCCCGCCCCUGUGGGGAAGCCAGCGACCCCGACUCUCACUGUGAACAUCGUGGGAGCCCUUCCUGUCCUGUCCCCGUGCCCAGGGCCCGCGCCGGGCGGCCCCGGGAAGGCGCGCCACGCCGGCAAGUACCUGUGCCCGCACUGUGGCCGGGACUGCCUGAAACCCAGUGUCCUGGAGAAGCACAUUCGGUCCCACACGGGGGAGAGGCCUUUCCCCUGCGCCACCUGCGGCAUCGCCUUUAAGACCCAGAGCAACCUGUACAAGCACAGACGCACCCAGACGCAUUUCAACAACGCCCGGCUGUCCUCCGAGUCCGAAGGCGCCGGGGGCGGCCUCCUGGAGGAGGGGGACAAGGCCGGCAAGGGGGACAGCUGGAGCCAGGGUGGCGCUGUUGGGGCCCCACCAGAGAGACCCCUCUCUCCGGGGGCCCAGGGUGCUGGGCCCUGCCCGGCGCCCCCGACGACGCAUCUGUCCCCGGUCGCCAAGAACCUGGAUCUGAAACUGGAGGCGGGGUGCGGCCCGGGGCCCACGCCUGCCGACGGAGAGGCCCGCACGGCGCCCGCUGGGCUCCCCGCGGCCGGUUCCCAGCCCAGGCGCCCGCUGCCGGAGCAGAGGUGCCCGCCGGCCGGCAGGGCCUGCUCCCUGGCGCAGCCGCAGGCGCCGGCCUCGUCCUCGGAGAAGCCAGGGGACGCCAAGGCCUCGGAGGGCCGGCUGAGGAAGUGCGAGAGCACGGACUCCGGCUACCUGUCCCGCUCCGACAGCGUGGAGCAGCCGCCGCCGCCCUGCAGCCCCCUGCGCAGCCUGUCGGAGCACAGCCCCGAGUCCGAGGGCGAGGGCGCCCCGGGGCCCGGGGUGGCCAGGGCCGAGCGGGGCGGCCGGGGGCCCAGCCUGGAGCUGGAGAAGCGGCGGCUGGAGGAGCGCAUCGCCCGCCUCAUCUCGCACAACCAGGCCGUGGUGGACGACCCGCAGCUGGACCACGUGCGGCCCCGCAAGACCGUGCUGUCCAAGCAGGGCAGCAUCGACCUCCCCGUGCCCUACACCUACAAGGACUCCUUCCACUUCGAGAUCCGGGCGCCGGGGCCCGGCCGCGGGCGGCCCGGCGCCCUGGGGCCCGCCCGCUCCACCUGCGCGGCCCUGGACAAGGCGCGGCCCCUCUUCUUCCACUCCGUCCCCACCCAGCUCUCCACCACCACAGAGUGCGUCCCCGUCACCAGGAGCAACUCGCUGCCCUUCCUCGAGGGCACCCGGACGUGGCAGGAGCCGCCGGACCCCCAGGACGCCCGUCCCCGGGGGCAGAAGCCGCUGAGCCCCAGGCCCACCCCUGCCCGGCUGGCAGACGUCCCCAGCGGUCACCCCCGGGCCUUGAGGACCCGGACGGAAGGGAGGGUGGCGUGGCCAGAGGACGCCGGGGCGGCCGGCAAGGGCCGCGGGGCCGGCAGGAGGCGCGGCCAGAGGAGGCCGCAGAUGUUCUCCCAGGAGAAGUGGCAGGUGUACGGGCGCGAGACCUUCCAGCGGCUCUACCAGAAGAUGAGGGCCAGCCGCCCGGCGGGCCGGAGGGCGCAGGAGGGGAGGGGGGGCAGUGGGGCGGAGCAGGACCUCCCUCCGCAGGAGGGGGCCUCGGGGGGCGAGGGUGCAGCCCUGUCCCGGGACAGCAGGACCCCUGUCCAUGGGGACACCUCUGUGGGGGCCCAGCCAGGGCCUUUGGAAAGUCCGCCGGCCACAGAAGGCUUCUUGGUGACUGAGUCCCCCCGGCAGCGGGAGACGGUGGCCGGAGCAGGAGGCAGCGAGUGGCCCGGGGACAGCAGGUCCGUGUCGCCCCCCACCUGCAGCCACAGAGAGUCCCCAUGUUUGGGCGGCAAGAGCCCUGUCCUUCCUCCACGUGGGAGGCUGGAGCUGGGGUGUCCGCGGCUCCCAGCACCUGCUCCCCUCAAAGGUGGGGCCCUAGAGGCUCCCGGGCUGGUCCUGCCAGACCCCACGCUGGAAGGAGGGGCCCAGGGCGGUGGGAACACGGAAGAGCCCGGUCAGCAGGCCCUCCUUUUCCCGAGACCGCCGGGCGGUAGCCCCGGGGAGCCCCUGCCUGGGGAGCCCCAGCUGCCCUCGGAGAGGAAGAAGCUGAGGGUGGAGGGGCCAAGCUGCGCAGAGCGGCUGGGGACUCUGGGGUCAGGAGGCCAGACCCCAGGGCCCCCUGGACAGGCCGCCCCCCUGCCACCCUGGAAGCGGGACAGUGAUCCUGGGGACAAGCCCGGCGAGCUGCACAGAGGGUCAGAGUGCGCUGUGAGCGGCGGGGCCCGGGCCUCGGAGGCCUGUGGCGCAUCUUUCUCUGCUUCCUCGGUGGCCCUGAGGCCCAGGCCGAGGGACAAGGAGCCUGGACUUGGUCCUGAAGCCACGGUCUUGGGGGGCCCGUUGCCACUGGCACCCCAACCUCAGGCUCCUAACACCCCAACAGCCCGGACAGAAACCACAUUUCCCCCCAAGUACCUCCUCAGGAUACCUCAGGGCGAGAGCCUGUCACCCCCGCCCGGUGCCCGGGGGCCUCCCUGCAGAAGCGAGGGGCCCGAGGACCUAGCGUCCCCUGGUGGCUCGGAGCCAGGGACCCUCCUGCCCCCGCACCCAGCUGCAGGCCUGGCCCCGGGUGGAGCACAUGGCUCGGAGGAGGAUCCCGGCCGGCCCAGGCUGUGGGGCUGGAGAAAGGGGGUGCCGGGAGAAGAGGAAGGAGGCGUGGACGCCGGCACCCCACAAGCUGGGGAGCCCCCCAGCUCGAGCGCUGGGGCCCUCAAGGAGACAGCCUCCGUCCUGCCCACCUGGGCCCGUGACUCCUGGAGGAGCGAGACCCACGCCCCGGGGCGCCUCUGCUCCCGCGGCUCCGGGGCCGGGGCCCAGCCCUCCACGAGCGCCCUGGACCCCUGGCCAUGCGACAGGGACGCGGCAGAGCCUCCCGACAAUGUCCCAGAGGACCCUCCGCCAGGGCCCCCAGCAGGACACCCUUCCUACUGCUGCCUGCGGCCCAGCUCUGUCCUCCCGUCCACCCUCGUGCCCCCGGGCCAGCCCGGGCCGGCCUCAGGCACCCACACAGAUGGCCCCGGGCGCUGCGGGCCCCAGGGCCCCUUCCCUUCGCUGAAGGCCGGGCCCCAGCUCACCUGGUGCUGCCUGAGCCGCAGCCGGCCCCUGCCCGCAGAGCGGAAGGAGAAGGCCGAGAUCCAGUGCUGGGCGCCGCACCGCCCCGGAGGGGGCCCCCUGGCCCAGGGCGCGGACACCCAGCUGGCGAGCAAGGCAGCAUGGGGACGCUGGACCAGGAGCGGCCUGGCAGAAGAAGGGGAGACGCGACCGUGGAAGGUAACACAUCUUAGUCCCAGGCCCCCCCCCCCCCCCCCGGGCUGA